UUAAGUAUAAAUAUAUGGACUAAAACAAGACUCAUUCAGUUACUCAUAAAUCCUCUAUUUCUUUCCUGCAUAAGGUAAGUAUCUAUUGGUAUCAAAACACUUAAGUAAGGAUACAGAUUUUCCUAAUCAUCAACCAUGGUUUUGGGUUCUGAUGAAAAUUAUUCGAAAACGGGUAAAGCGUUGAUGCGUAUGACGAGGGAGAUGAGCCUAGAACAGCAAGGAGCGAAUUGCAAAAAAAUUGAAAAAGGUCAGAAUUAUCUGGACGCGACAGUUGCUAUAGCAGGCGUUGCAUUAGGAGUGUUUGCCUUGUUUAGCAUGCCACUGCUAAUCGUGGUCUCCUCCGCGCUAUUAGUUAAUGUACUGAUUGCCAAGGCUUUAACAGCGGACGAGAACAUUGAAAGAGAAUGUGCUGAUCUCCCUUUUAAAGAGUUAGACGAAAAAAUGAAAGCUAGACAAGAGGAAACAGAUAGAAAAAUUGCAGAACAAACUGAAAUUUUGAAAGAAGUAAGUGAAAAAGUAGGCCAAACUCUCGACAAAAUAGAAGAUGUAAGAAAGGAAAUGGGCGAUAGCUUUCAGAGGGUAUUGAAUAAAAUCGGGGAUCUAGAUGCCAGUAAUCCAGUUUCCGAAAUAAAAACUGCGAUUGAAUCCAUUUCAUUUGGGGAAGAGAACAAAAGAUUAGCGACUCCUGAGCGUUAUGUUUAUAUCAUCCAGCAGGAAGUGGCAAAAAAUUCAGAUUCAUCUCUUUACAAUUACAUCGGACUUCAAGGUAGUCUGUAUAAGGCCAUUUUUGCAGUCAUUAACAAGAAGAAUACCAUUAAAUCAAACAUUGCCCUUCCCGGACUCAACAUUGGAGUUACAACAUACGCAUCGACCAUUAUUACUCUAAUUCAGCAACUACGUUACAUGUCGGAAUAUGUAUACCAAAAGGGUGACUUGAAAAAGUUCAACGACUAUUUCAAUCGUCUAAUUUUUGAUUUCAACUAUUUCAAACUGAUAGUUAAUGGUUCCUCAAAAAAGCAAGGUAUAAUUGAUCAAGUAACUCAGAUGUUAAACGACGCAAAAAAAAGCAAAAGCAAGCAAGAUCUUGGCGAAGAAUUGUUCGACAAUAUUGGAACAUACAUCACCCAACUUAAUCAAUUAAAGCAAAAGAUUGCAGCACUUUCAUUACACGUACUCGAAGCCACUCCAGAUAAAAACAUGGAUAUUGAUUUCAACUCCAGAACUGGGAAUCAACGCAGUAGUACUAACUUCUUGGACUGGAAGAAAGGCACAAAGGUGAGUUACGCGGUGCAGUUCGAAAAAGAUGGUAAGUAUUCUAAAGUUAGCGAUUGGACUUCACCACAGGAAAUAGUGGAUAUAGCCAAUCCAGAUAUUGUAUUCCGAAAAUCGAGUAAUAUGAAUAGAUUAGUCUUCCGUAAAUUUGGCAAUGGUGAUGCAGAAUUGGCAUACAUCCUCCCUGGCUCGGAAGUAAAAUUUAGAGACGUCCACAGGGAUUUGUAUAAUUUAGCUUUUAAAAACUCCCUCAGCGAGUCGCAGGUUUCAAGUAGCAUGGAUAGACUCAUUAGAUUGGGAGCGAAUGUUAAGACAGUUUUUGAGGGUAAACGAACCGUUAUUCAUGCUGCAGCUAUUGCUGGACGAUCUGUUAUGUUAGGUAAGAUAUUAGAAAAAGACCGUUCUCUCAUUAAUAAACCAGAUAGACUCGGCUUCACCCCUCUUCACUUGGCUGCUGAAAAUAAAAGGACCGCUUUUGCACGAUGGCUAAUUAAUCGCGGAGCAAACGUUAACUUACAAGGACAGGAAUAUAAAGUGACUCCACUGCAUUUGGCUGUGCGUUAUCAUGCCGAAGAAAUUGUAGAAGCCCUGUUGGAUAAAUCAAACAUUAACCCGAAUUUAAAAGAUGUAGCCGGUCUCACUCCUUUGCACUAUGCUGUAACUGACGAAAAUUACAAUAAACAUCUUUUCACUACAUUAAUCAAAAGUCGGAAAACAGAUUUGAAUGUAAAGGAUAACAAUGGAUUAGCAGUCGUGCAUUAUGCAACCAUUCUCGAUAGAUGGGAAGAGAUAAUCGAUUUAACUAUUGAAGGUGACAGAUUUGAUAUUUAUGCAAAAGAUAACCAGCAAAUGUUAGCUGUUCAUUACGAUGCUAUGAAAGGAAAUAAGAAUGAGCAAUUAAUAUCUUCUAUGAUGGCGGAUGACAAAGCAUCUAAGCUUAAUGAUGCAGCAGGCGAGAAACAUUGGACUCCUUUGCAUUAUGCCGCAUUUUUCAAGCAAACUGCUUGGGUAAAAUACCUGUUUCAUUGGCAUGAAAGAGUGAUUUCAAAAAUCAAUGUAGAUGCUAAAGAUGUUGAUAAUCAAACUCCUUUGCACUUAGCUGCAGCGGCAGGUUUGAAAGAUAUUGUUAAAAUUCUUCUGGAAAAAGGAGCAAAAGUUUAUGAAAAGACGAAGAAACAAAAUACACCUCUUGAUCUCGCAGUUAUGCACAAUAGAAAAGAAGUUAUUGAUGAUUUGCUGACAUUUGAAAAGAAUCAAAAAUUGAAAAAUGGAAAGUCUGCUAAAGAAAAUGAUAGUAAGGCGUGUCAAUUAGCAAAAGGAGAGAUGUUAAAUCUAUUAAAGAAGAAGAAUCGUUGUGGCAAUUUCCGCCGCUCGAUUGAAUCGAAUUCUAAAAACUCUGCUCGGGGAUUCACUCUUACUGGCAUUUGUUAAUUUCGAAUAAACCAAAAGAGAAUUUGGAAUUCAAAAAUACUAAACCUCUCACACAAGUAGAUGUGAAUGGUGCUUUGCUUUUACUGGAUCUCUUCGUACGGAAAGUGACGAACGAAAAAUACAAUUCUGCAGUGAUUGGUUCUGAAUCUAUGUUGGAUGCGCGAGCUCGAGCUUUAAACAUCACGGAUAACUUGCAAAAGAUCAUGGAAAUGACAGGAAAUGAUGGAGAUCUGUUUGACAUUUAUUCGAAGAUAUACAAGGCUAUUAGGAGCGGAAAUGAUUCUAAACUUGGAAAAGAAGUAUGCAUCUAUUUAAACCAGUAUUCCACUUUGGAACCACAAGAAGUUGAAAACUUUAUUUCCGCAAUGGUUGAAAAGAAAUCUGUCGGAAUUACUAAGAAAGCUAUUCCGAGUAACUUAGAAAACUUAGUCGCUCAGGCCUGCUAUCGAAAUCUCUUUUAAAUAUUUCCGUUUUUUAAGGCAGAGCAACUAAAACUAGCUAGUAAUGAAAACAGCCGACAAACAAAAAAUUAACUCUUUAUAAUUUUUCUUUGAAACAUUGCGCUCUCUUUAAUUCGUUAUUGCCAUCGUUUGAUACUCUUCGUAAUUAUAAUAAAAUUUGGCAAUAUGUGUAGUUUUUAUUAUCCUAUAAAAACAAGAUAAACACAAUAAUUAUUAGAAAUAUGAAUCUUUUAAUUUUGUACUGUUUGCUUUGAAUCAAGAUUUCUAAAAGCUUGAGUAAGAACAAAUUUAAGAAAAUACCCAAAUGAUUUAAAUAUCGAUAUACUACGAUUGUUUUAUUUGAAUUAUUUAUUCAAUCUCCAUUUUGGAGUAGACUUAAAAAUAAAAAGAGAAAUUUACCCAAUACUUGUUUUAAAAAUGAUGUUUAAAUCAAUGCAGAAUAUUAAAUUUUUACAGAAACUAACGCUUAAAUUUUAUAGAAUCCUUUUAAUUGCGAAUAAUAACGGAGUGUGAAUAAAAUUUUCUCAGGCCUUUUAUGAACUUUCUUUUUAAUUUGUUACAUUUUUCUCAAAGAUGAGUAAAAAAUUUAGAGUAGUACGGUUAGGUUCAAAGUAAGGAAUUCCUUACUCAGAAUAAAAGUAAGACGUGAUUGAUUCGCGUCAAUGUAUAUUUCAUGAAAAUAUAUUCAUAAAUUAUUUUUAAAAUAUUUAGAAGCUAUUGAAUUGGGCAAGUAUUACUUUAUAAAAUUACAAAAAAGCCAAAAUAUCAUGGAUCAUUUAUACAUUUCGCUACAGCGAAAUUUUUUUUAUUUUUCAUUUUCUCUUUUAUCUAUUGUUUUCUAAACUGAUUAACUUAAUUUUAAAAAUCAAAUGUUUUAUUUUCUUUCCUUUAACGCUUGGUAAAAAAUUACAUCUUUUUUUUUAUCUUUUCGUUUUCUUUUUGGUUUUUUAAAACUCUAUGUGGAGGAUUUUCUAAACUUUCUAAACUUUCUCUAUGUGGAUGAUUUUCUAAACUUUGAUUAAACUUUCUACGAGUGUCAUUGUCAGUUGUUAAUACGAUAAAAGAAUUAUUAAGCACUACAGGCCUUCCAAACGAAUGAUUCCUUAUUAAGAAAAUAUAAGUUACAGGCAUCUGAUCUGUUUUUGAAACAUUUUCUAGACAAAUGAAGAUAUUAUAAGUUGAAAAAAAAAACAGUCAAGAUGCUUAAUACUAUAAAGAAAUAUUUAUUAAUCUGCCAAAUUUUCAAAAGAGAAUGUUUUUAAUAGAAAAAAGAUUAAUUGUAAAAACCUGAUUUGAUCUUCAAAGCGAAGAAGCAUUUUCUGAUUAACUGAAAAUAAUACACUUAAAGAGAUCAGUUAAAGAUACAGUUAAAGUUCAGAAGCAGUUUUAAAAUACUUCAUUUCACAGGUUUCAAAAACAAAUCAUUGCCGAAUGUGUACUUAUCUGAAAUAAUUGAUUAGUCAGCCAGUAUUUGAAAGAAACUGAAUUUAAUGUUAUCAAAAUGUCCUUACUCAUUUUCGUUUUAGUUUUGCAUGAGCAUUUCAAAAAUCAGAAACAGAUUUUAUUGGAAUUUAAUGUUGAGUUUAUAUCAUAAACAAAUAUUAGAUAAGCUGAAUUCAUUUUAAAAAAAUAGUGCAUGAAAAAAUUGAAACAUUCGAGCAUUUGAGGAAAUCGUUUUCUUCAAAAGAAUUUAUUUUAAAGAUGCAAUGAAAAAUUAAUUUUUGUUUCAAAACAUCGGUGAUAGUUUGAACUGAAAAGCUCGAAAUAAUCAAUGCAAAUACUUUUGAAGAAAAUGAAGUUUUUCUAAAUACUAGCUUUACAGGGUUCACUUCCUGCUACUCAAUCUCUUUAAUCGUAAUAUUAAAAAACGACAUUUUAAGUAAUUUCCUGAUUUUAGGAAAAUAAAUUAGUGAAGUGUAACAGUAACACAUGAUAGAGACUUUAAGAAAUGUUCCAGUAAAAGAAAGCCAUUAUGAAAUUAAUUUAAGUAAUAUUAAUAUAAAAAUUUAGGUUGAUUGAUGUAAAAGAAACAUCAGACUUACUAGGUGACAUCAUUUACUAGGUGUUGUUUUCGUUUAAAUUUGGAGUUUUAAGCAAAAAGAGAAAAAAAAUAAGUAUCAGUAUUAACGUGCUGAACAAAGAAUUUUUAAAUAGCAAUACUUAGUACUAAGCAUGAGUAAAAAUUAAAAAAUAUAAAGUUUUUACGAUUGUUAGUAUCUAAACUUCAUUAUGAAGGGAAAAUUGAGACCUGAUUUCAGGUGGAUAAGCAUGAAGUGACCCCUUGAAAAGAAUUUUUAUCAAAUUUAUAACGAAAAUAAUUUAUGCCUGUAGAAAAGUCGUUCCUAAAAAAUUACAGUGCCGUGUUAGUCAUGAAAUUCCAUAAUGCAGAUUUCGGACUUUAUACAUUGGGAUGAUAGAAGGGCAUACAAACAUUAAUAGUUAGUGCUUAUUUCUUAAAGAAAAUUUGUUCAUAAAACAAUAUUAUGCUGAAACUUACUUGUAUGAUAUAAGUUGGAAACCUGAAAAUAAGUUCUAUUAUGAAUAAUUGACAUUAAUAGUUUUCAUGUAUAAAAUUAAUGUAUUUUUCAUGUACAUGGUUUUUUACUCUUGAAUAUGUUUAUGAAAUGAUAUAAGAAUACAAAAACUGGAAGAUAAAUUCAUGAUAAUUUUUUCAUUUUUUCCUAUUUAUUGUUGAAAGAAUGUCAAACGAAAGUAUUUGUAUAAAUACUUUCUUAAUCUUACGUAUAUUCUUAAUCUUCUGAGUUCGUAAUCUUUUGACUUAUUUAAAGAUGACUUAUUUAAAACUAUUUUAUCAUACUUUAAAAGAUUAAUGGACACAUUUUUUUCUGGAUCUAAGUUGGCAUAUAUUUAUGUAUACUGUUAUAAUCUUGUUCACUAUUAUAUACUAUUUAUCCUGUUUACUAUUAUAUUUUUUUUAUUAAAAUACGAUACGCAGUGAAGAAUUGGG